AUGUCGAGUGAACAAGCUGCUGUACUGGCUCGUGUCCAGGGAGCCGCCAUUGAUGGCCGGCUCCGCGUACUCAGGAUUCGGCAGAAACAAUUCAUCUCACUCCAGAAAGCGUUGAUCCAGCACCGCAUAGCACUGCUGGACGCCAUACAAGAUGAUGAAGGCUACUCUGAACAGGAAGCUAAGCUCAUAUUUGGAAGCACCCUCAUAGACCUGCGCAACCAUUACGAUGCGUUGGACUUUGAGUCUGAAUUCAAGCAAGAAUACGCCCUGGCCAAACAAGAGAGCAACGAAGCUAGGCGUGUGCCAUUCGAAAUCGCAUAUAUCAUCUCGAGCCCCUUUACAGUACUCUUCAGCAUAGUAUCUGCACUGUCCGCUGCGCUGGAAGCCGGUACGUGCGUUGUGCUAGAGCUUGAUCAAACGCAUCGAAAAACCUCUGCACUAUUACAACGAGUUCUCUCAAGUGCUCUCGACAGGGAUGUGCUUGGCUUUGUUUCAUCAAGGGCGCCUGCUGAGUUUCUUGCCCAUUGCGUUAUUGUUGACCAGGUCGGCAAAAUGAGUGCCUCGUCAUCACAACAUCUUCUUGCGUCAGACAUUCAGCGGAAUGUUGCUGUAAUUGAUCGCACAGGUGAUAUGACGUUGGCUGCAAAGGAGAUUGUCGCAUCAUGCACGGUUUUCGAAGGAGCUAGCCCUUACGCAGUUGAUCUGGUAUUCGUCAACGAAUUCAUGUCGGAUGCAUUCGUGCAAGCUCUUGGCCGGGAGAUGGCAGGUAACGCAAAGGCGACUAGGCUAGGCAAUGGCAUGUCGUCGUCUUCAAAAGGCAGAGAGUUGGUCAACACCAGUGGGAAAUACAUAACCCAGGCGGAGGUCACGAGCGGUAAGGCACAGUUGAUGUUAGGAACUUGUGAGCGAGGCGUCGUGAACAUCCUAGACAGAAGCAGUACACUCAUGACGAGCAAGCGGUUGGGGCUCGUAAUUGCUAUAUGCAAAAUGACCAGUCUCGAUGAUUUGAUCGAUGUCUUGAAUGUUGUCCCCGCAGGCACGUCUCUCGUCGGCGCACUUUACGUUUUUAGCGGCGCGCGAGAGGCAAAAUACCUGUCACAACACAUCAAAAGCAACGUCAGCUACAUUGAUCAUAUACCUUCUCAACUGAUCGUCGGUCCAUUGGUUCCCUUUGGAUACAGCACAAACCUGAAGUGCCGCUACACACGUGAUAUGUUUGAAACACCAAGCCCACAGGUUGUGGCGGGUGCUAAAACGCAUCUGAUAUCCUCCAUCCUCCACAAGGCGGACUUCAUUGACAAGAUUGCACAGAAGCCGUUAAGGCCCACGGGCCAAGCACCGUCAGGUGCAUGGGGUUUUUUUGAACAAGGGAUUAUCCUGGGUGCAUUAGUCUAUCUUGUCCCUAUCGUUAGUCUGACCACACUGGGUGCUGGGUACGCUGUAUGGGGAGUGUAUCAGGGUCUGAGUAGCUAG